CCUACGGGGGCGGGGUCGGUUGCCACGUGACAGGCUACUGCUAAGCGCUGACAGUGCGGGGCUCCGUGAGCUGUCCCGGUCGCCCUGCCAGGAUGUCGCGACACCUGAAGUUUAUCGCUCGUACAGUCAUGGUUCAGAACGGGAAUGUAGACGGAGCCUACAAGAUGCUGAAUAGAAUUCUGACAGUGGAUGGAAUCAUUGAUGAAGCCAAACGUCGCCGUUAUUACGAGAAACCAUGCGACAAGAGACGGAGAGAAAACUAUGAAAACUGCCGGAGGAUCUACAACACGGAGAUGGCGCGCAAGGUUUCGUUUCUAAUGCGCAAGAAUCGCCCGGAUCCUUGGCCCGGAUGCUAAGAAGCGGAUGGGGACGUUUCAUAGUAGUUCCAGGUGUCACGACGAUGACCUCAAACAGAGACUUUGCUUACUUGUGAUGCAACGUAUGGGAUAAAUAAGGAACUUGAGAUGCUCCGCUGUCUAAUUUGUGUGAUUUUUUUUUUAAGCACAAAAUAUAUAAUAAAUUUCUAUUUACUGGGUUCAGAA